CGGGCAGCUGGGAGCCACUGGCUGCACCGGGAGGGGAAGGAAGCUGCUCCCAGAGACUGGGGAAGGGCGGAUGUUAUAGGGACUGGAUUGCCCCACAACUAGCUGCCAUCACUGCCCCUGGGAGGGGGGACACGUGGUGGGGUGGAUCAGCGCCCCCAUGGAGCAGAGCAUCGUGGCGAGGCUGGGCUGCGAUCAGGGCCAGCUCCACGUGGCCAGGGCCAGGCUGAGAGCCAGCCACGAGCAGGCUCAGGUUGAGUUGGCAGCCGCGCAGGCCGAGCUGGUGGCUGUCCUGAGCGAGGGGUGGCGAAAGGUUCCCUUCGGCCAGAUCAGAGCCCCCGGGGACCAGAGCAUCGGCGAUCGCCUGGACCAUAUUCAGGCCGAGGUGCAGCGACAAGCUGAGCUGCAGGCGGGUUGGGAAGAGGUGAGGGCUGACUGGGACGAGGUGCAGGCAGCGUGGGAAGCUGUGCUGACUGACACCCAGGUGAAGGCCGCGGCGUGGGCCCCCGCCAGGUUUCUGCAGGCCCCGGCGAACACCACGCAGACCCUCUUCCAUCUUCCGCAGAUCCUCGUGCACGUGGCCCGGCUCCAGGCCCGGUUUGCGCAGCUCCAAGCCAGCACUGCAGAAGCCCAGCUGAAGGCUUUGCAGGCCCAGGGAAAGAACUGGCUGAAGGAUGCACGCGAGCCGGCCCAAGCCCAGGCGGUGUCCGGGCCCGUCCUGAAGCAGGUGUAUGAGCAAGUGGCUGCGGCUGUGCACACUAUCCUGGUGCUGGCCAUGCAGGAUCUGGAGAGGGCUAAGCAGGCCCAGAGGCUCCCCGUACUAAGCCAGCUGACGAGGGCCGUGCAUGCCCAGGUGGAAGUGGCUCUGCGGGGUAUCCUAGCAAAGGCUGCACAGGAGGUGGCGGCGGCCGAUCGGGUGGAGCUGGCCGAAGCGCUGUGCAGCCAGGUGGAGAAGGCGGUGCAGGACGUCAUUGUGAAGGCGGAGCAGGACUGGGGGAGGCCCAGGGGGGCCGUGCCAGGAGGGAGCGAGGGCCAGGGUGGAGAAGCCGCGCUGUGACGGGAAAGGCGGGCGCUCGGGAGGGCUGGCCGGGGGAAGAAGGCUGCCUGGAGGAGGAGGAAAGCUCUGGUGGAGCAGAGGCAGGUGAGCCCCAGUGGGGGUCCGUGUCGUUGGCCGACGCGGUUACUUGGGCUUCCGUAAACAAAUCAAUAACCAAAUAAAUCCAGCAGCUU